GUAUGGCUGCUGCUAUUGGUGCAACAGCACCAAGCACGAGACCUCCCAAUGCCCGGAUCAAGGCAAGGAGGAUGUUCGACACAUGCUGGAUAGAUUCGUACUCAUCUACCUCAACUACAUUUUGGUGUACAGCCGGAGUUUGGACAAGCAUGUGGAGCACCUGCGCACCGUUUUGGAGCGACUACGACAAGCCAAGUACAAAGCCAACCGCAACAAACGCGAAUUCGCGCAGCAAGAGUUGGAGUACUUGGGACAUUAUGUGACGCCGCGAGGCAUCCGUCCGUUUGCGGACAAGAUCGAGGUCAUCCACGUAUGGCCCGAGCCCACCAACACCACGGACGUUCGCUCAUUCAUGGGGUUGGCGGGCUACUAUCAACGCUUCAUCACCGAGUACUCAAGGAUUGCGGCACCUAUGACGAGAUUACAAUCGCCAAAGGUGCCAUUCGUAUUUGAUGACGACGCAUGCCGGUCAUUCCGAGCACUCAAGACGGCCAUGCUCAUGACACCCCGACCCUUCAUCCGGGGCUAUGAGUCCGAUCCGGAUUUCGCCACGUUAUAUGCGCAACUAUCUUUGGAUCACCCACCGGCCAGCCACUAUCGCAUCGUCGGCGGGUACGUGCUCCUCCACUCGCGAGGCAAGGACUUAUUAUGUGUCCCACGAGACCGUCGUCUUCGGACUCGCCUUCUUAGCGAGUACCAUGACUCGCGACUCGCCGACCAUUUCGGAGGCAAUCGCACUAUUGCACGACUUCGGCAACGAUUUCGAUGGCCCGACCUCAUUACUGAUGUCACUCAGUAUUGCGACUCUUGCGAAAUUUGUCCACGAAGCAAGCCCCGCAACCGCAAUCCCUACGGUGAGUUGCGCCCGAUGCCUAUCCCACAGGAACCCGGCCUCUCCAUUGCCAUGGACGUCACCAGACCGUUUCCCCGUGACCGCCUCGGGCACGACGACAUCCUCACAGUCGUUAACCGAUUGAGUAAGAAUGCGCGGUUUCUCCCUUGCAAGUACUACUCCACGGCUCCCGAACUUGCGCGCCUCUUGCACACCGGCUGGAUUUGCAGCCACAACGUACCAGAAGACAUCGUCAGCAACCGCGACACUUGCUUCAUGUCGGCAUUUUGGACUUCUCUCAUGCAGGAAUCCGGCACGAAGAUGAAACCAAGUUCGGCUCGACAUCCACAAACGGACGGGCAAACGGAGCCGGCACAUCAAACUGCUCAAAUGAUGCUUCGUAUGCUCAUCCGUCCCGAUAAGAAAGAUUGGGUUGACUACCUCCCCGACAUCGAGUUCGCCUACAACACUUCGUUGCACCCACCGAUCGGUGUGACUCCAUUCGAGUUGCACCACGUUGGCCGAAAAGGUCAUAUCUUCGCUGAUCUUCUCCUCCCACGACCAGCUGACAUAGACGCUGCUUGCUCCCCCGCUUUCGUUCGGAAGUACAGGGAAUUGUUGGCUCAAGCCCGCGCGAACAUGCAAAAGGCUCAAGUUCGCAUGCAGCAGCAAGCCAACAGGCGUCGCGUGCCAUAUCCCAUCCGCGCCGGUGAUCUGGUUUGGGUCUCGCAGAAGAGUAUGCACUCGAGCAGGAUGUUUCGCGCAAACUACUCCCCAAAUGGUUUGGACCAUGGCCCGAAGUAUGAGAUGGCUGUUCAGCAGGAGGAGGAGCUCUUCAAAGAGGAAAAGAGAAGGAUAGAAAUGGAAAGGAAGAGAAUUGAGGAGACUGAACAACAGCAGGCCUUAGAGGCAGCCAAAAGGGCAAAGGAAAGACAGGAACGGAUGCGAAAGCUUGAAGAAGAGGUUGUCCUGGAGGCAAGGCGAUGGAUUGCGGCGAAUCGAAUUGAACAACUGCGCCACGCUCUUGAGAGAGGGGCGGCGGACGAAGUGUCGGCCAUAUUUCGUGCUGCAACGAAACUAAAAGAGUUGCAACAUAAUAAUAAUGACCGUGACGACACGAUGCUUGCUGCAGCAAGCUUCCUGAACCAGAAGAGCGAUGAAAUCAACAGAAACCUUAUGCACUACAGCAAGAACGGCAGUUUUGUGAGUUUUCAGACAACUCUGAAUGAGGCUGCAAAAUGGGGGGCUAGUAUGGAAAUCAUCGAGCAGGCAAAAAAUCAUUUUCAGCGGAGGAAAGAUGAAUUCUUGGAGAAGUGGAGGCGCAGGGAUAACUUUGACUGGAGGAAGAGCGUUUUACUUAACGUCUUGAGAAUGGUUGAAGGUGCUGUAUGCCUAGGACUGGAAGGUAGGGAAAUGGCGGUGGCGAUGGACAUUGCGAAACUGAAGAUGAGCACGGAGGAGGAGGAAUCCGACGGCUCGGAACGUGAAGGCGGGGGAGGUGAGCGAGAAAUAUUGCGUGUACAGAAGUGGAUGGAUAGAAAGAAGUGGGGAGAGAUAUGGGAGGUAGUUAGGGUCCUGGAAGAAUGGAAGAUCCCAGAGGAGAGGGUCGAGAGGGUUCGCAUGUUAGCCGAAGAAAAGAGGAGUGGACUGCAGGAGCGGAUUCUAUGGCUCUCGCAAGGAGAUCAAGCGGCCGUGGAUUGGGAUGCGGAGGUAAUGGAGGAGUUAAUGCGUGAGGGACGGGAUAUGGGUCUCGAUGACGAAGUGCAUGAGUUGCAGAGUCACUUGAGGAGGAUGAAGAGGAGGAUGACAAAGCGAUUGAGGAGGAUCGCGAAAGAAGGAACGCAAUGCGAGUUCGAGAUGUGUGCGAGGAAGUGGAGGAGGGUGUUGAAGGCCGAGCGGGUCGAUUCGUUUCGAAAGGUUUUCAAUCGGCGAGCAGAUUGGGCUAGAGAAAGCUUGAGGAGAGCGUGCAGCGAAGGCUCAAGACUGGAAAUCGAGGUGGCAUGCAAAGAGGGCCUGAGGGUCGGUCUACGAGCAGAGGUGGUUGCAGGCUUGAGAACAGUGAGGGAGAGAGUGGAGGGAGUUCUCUGCUGGGAGGGGGAGAAGGAGUUUAAGUUUUCGCAAAAGGGAAAGCGCUCGGGUGAUGGUGAUGAGAAGAGAUUGCAUGAGGAGGAGAGGGUGGUUUUAGGAGUGAGCCCGGUUGCGAUUGAAGGAAUAAGAGAGGCACGGCAUGCAGCUCAGGAGCUGAGGCGGUGGAGAUUAGGAGAAGGAGAUAAUAGGAUUGAUGGUUCUAGUUACCGUGGUAAUUUGUGUGAAGCAGGCGUAGUAGGCGAUGAGCGUCCGUGUCUUUCGGAUUUAUCUGAACUGGAUGUUGUUGCAAGGAAAGUAAAGAAGAUGGGAGAAGAGGGAGGGGGCGGUGGAGAGAACAUGGCAGCAAAGCCGACAAUGCUUUGGCCGUCGGAGUUGAGAUGGAAGGAGAUGGAAGACAUGCGCUUGGCCUGGCAAUGGCAUAUGGUGAUGGGCGAAGAACAAGAUGGAAACCACGUUUUGAGGAGGAAACAUGUAGCAGAGGGUGCUGUGAUAGCAAGAACCCGUUGCCAGAAGUCCAUGGGAGGUGGAGAAUGUCUUCUUGGCAUGGAGAAGGGAAGGAGGAGGCAAACUGAUGGCAGGCAACAAGGAUCAUGGACCAACGGGCACACAGCUAUGGUAAUGACAAUGACUCAAGAACCGGAUGAUGAUGACUAUGAAGACGGUGUCAGAAAUGAUGCCGAAGAAGUACUCACCGCCCCCCAUGGAAAUGUCGAUCGUAAUGAACAUAAUUCUUGCCUCCAACGGUCGCCGACAGGUCAUAGUAUGAGACAAGGCAUGGGGGGACGGAGGUGGCCUCCUGCCGUCCACCGCCCCAUAACGGAAGCUUACGAUGAUGGUGAUUUGGAAGACUUGAAUGCCACUGAUGCAGAAACGGAGAGUGAGGAGAAGAAAGGAGGUGGAGACCACAAUGAGAGAAUGUGGUCUGCUGCAGAUGUUCCAACUGUGUUGACGAGAACGCUAUUGGACGAGAAGAGGAGGUUGGGAGAUGUAGGAAAGCUGAGCGGCUUGGUUGUGGUCGACUUGUCCUUGGAGAAGUUGUGCUCGCUAGGGAACGGAGAACUGGGAAAAUGGUGUCCGCAACUACGCUGGAUCUGCCUGGACAUGAACAGUUUGACGUGUCUUAAGUCUGCCUUUCGUGGAUUAGAAGGGGUACUGGAAGGGGUUUCGAUCCGGCAUAAUGAUCUAAAGAGCAUUGAAGGCCUACAAGAUCUAUCACAUUUGCGCGUGCUGAGACUAGACGCCAAUCUGCUCGGCCAUUUCGGGCAACCGUGCAUGAGCGGCGUCCCGGAAAGUCGACGUUCAACGAGCGGCAUCCCUUCUACGGUACCCGGAGAACAGCGGGGAUUAUGGAGCUGGCCCAAGUUGAGGGAACUUGGGCUUUCCGGCAAUCGAAUACGGGUGCUAUACGGACUGGUGGGGGUUUGCCCAACACUGGAGGUUCUCGAAAUAAGUUCGAAUAAACUCGAAAGUUUCGCGGGACGGGCACCGUUUCAAAAUGCGAUGAGAGGUAUGCGAAGUUUGAGAGUGCUCGAUGUCGAGGGGAACCGACUCAAGAGCAAUGGUGAGGGGGGACUUUGGGAGGGAGUCGGCUAUUGUGACAGAAUUGUCAACAUACUCGCUUCUCAAAACCAGCUAAGAAACCUACCCACCCACUUGGGCAGUGGACUUCUGCGCGAAAUCUGGCUUAAUGGAAACAGGAUCCGAUGGUUCUCCUGCUUUGCCUGGUUACCUAACCUGCAGCGACUCUACCUCCAAGACAAUAUCAUUGAUGUCAUUGAGCCAAUGAUUGGCUGCUGCAAUUCGUUGGAGGUUCUCGACCUGUCGUUCAACUGUAUCGCUGACCUAGAAAGUUUGUGGAACCUGAAUUGCCACAGACGGCUGAGAUCUUUGCAGCUGAACGACAAUCCUGUGGCCGAGCUGCCAAGUUACACCCAAGGGGUAAUUGACGCUAUGCCUUGGUUGAGGGAGCUCGAUAACGAGCCAUUGCAAGAGUUCGUACGAGACGCAAGCCUGCUACACAAGAGCAUAGAGAGAGGAAUAGGGGGGAGUCUCGGUUGGAAGUUCUGGCGAGACAGUUUGUCGCGGAACAAGCUUUCGUAUGUUCUAUCCGAUGCUAGAAGAUGUCAGAUUGCGCGAGUCGAGCAGCGUUCGGCGCUUGGCUACCUGGGGCAAGGCUAUUCAGCCUGGAGGUAUCUUUGCAAAGUCAUGAACUGGAAGAGAGGAUGGGAGGCAGAGAGAGAGUACAGCAGACGAGAGCGUGAAUGCACAAAGCGCUGGACUGGGAUCGGCGUCACGUCUGGGGCCCCGGGGGGGACUGGGAUCCAGGGCCGGAAUGAGAACCAGACUGCAUCAUCGAACAGGAUUGGAGAUGAUAAUUAUAGCGCUUUGUCUGCAGUUCGCUGCAGGUGGCGAGGAGCCACAUUCUUCGACAUGUGUGCCGAGAGAAGACAGAGGCUACAGCAAGCGAGUCGGCGACUCCCUGCGAGAGGGUGGGAGGAGAUCCACGGAAGUGCAGAUGAGGAGGAUGGACUAGAAAGAAUGCUGGCUGCUGAUAUGUCCAGUGAGGAAUGUGCGGGGUGGGGAGAAACGGUCGCUCGCGAUGGCCAGGAUGGGGAGGACCUCCUCUCGACUGAGGAGAAUCAGUUGCAUGCUGAGAAUGGCAGGUUCAGCUCGGGCUCGAGAGCGGUACAACGCACCAGAAGCAGAAACACAGAUGAACUAAGAGCGGCUCUGCAUGAUUUGGUGUGCUUUGAUCCUGCAAAGUAUCAGCGAGUGCUUUCGGCAAACCCUGCGUAUGUGGCUGAGGAGAGGGCAUGGAUUCUGGAACAGGUACGGUUCAUACAGGCGGCAUGGAGGAUUGCCAUUGCAAGGAGGAAGCGGAAAAGGGAGAGAGACAGGCUCAGGAGAGAGGAGGAGGAAAGAAGGCAGAGAGACAUGCAGAGUGCGUGUGUGAGGGUACAAGCUUGGUGGCGAGGCAAGAGAGCUAGACGGGCGUUGGUAAGGAAGAGAGAGCAGGAGCGAGAGAUGGAACUUGAACGGGAGAAAGAGGAAGCAAGGAAAAUGGACUUUGAAAGGCGGAGGGAGGAGGAGAGAGCAAGGGAGAAGCAGAGGGAGACGGACAAGCAGAGAACACUUGCAGCCAUAUGCAUCCAGAGUACAUGGAGGGGAUGGAGGGUAAGGAAGAAGAUGAGACAGGCAAUGGAGGCUGCAAAGUUUGUCGAUGACGACGAUUUCGACUACGGGGGUGUAGACGAGGUGGAUUAUGUUUUCAACGAGGCGGCACUGGAGGAAGACCUCACUUUCCUGGAACCGAUGCGAUGCCCAAGUUGCGGGUUGGAUCAGGAUCUUCACAAGGUCGCAGCUGAAGCAACAGUUAGGCAUGCCGAUCGUGCUUUUUGGGGGUCUGAUGGUCAUAUCGGCACAAAGGCCGUAAGAACCGUUGGCGCCGUCAAUGAUGCUUACAAUCGGGCAUACACAGCGAGUCAACGGGGCAUGAGACGCAUGACACAUGGCCAUGAAGAGAGAAGGGGGGCACACACUCCUCUUGGCUACGACCAUGGCAUCUGUUCUGAUUGCCGUAAAAUGAUCGACCGAUUUGGUCCGUCUUCUCUCUCGCAGGCACAGUCUGGAGGAUCCCCUGAGGCAAAAGAACCUUCAGUGCUGUUACGAACAACAACUGGCGAUUGCUGUCCUCAACCUUCUUUAGCAGAGCCACAUGACAUUCCUGGGCCAUGUGAGCGACCACGACCCAUUCCGCGAUCGUUGUCCCGCAGUGGCAAGGGGAAUUCUGGAGCGCAGGGACCGUUGGAUGACGGGUCAUCCAGUUGGACAGGGAAGGGCAUGCAGACCCCUUCAAAACAUGAUGCAGGGGAUAUAGAUUGUCAUGACGUGUCUGUGUCAGAUAAGAAAUCUCCCUAUCACAGUGGCGACAGCGUUGUUGGCGAUGAGAGCGCGAGCGAGAGUUUAUGGAUGGAAGAGAGUGAAUGGUCUCAGUAUUCCAGUAAAGCUGCUGAGGAGAGCUCAUCUGGAUUUGGAGCUGGUAGAUUUAGGAAUGGGCGUAAGACACUGGAGAAGAAGAAGGAGACCAUGGCAGAGAUCGCGAAGGACUGGGGUUUCAAAACUAAGAAGACAGCGGAGGCAUUCUUGAGAGCCAAAGAAAGAGUGAAGAACCAGAUCAGAAGUACCCAAAGAAAGAAGCUGAUGCAUGACCCUCAGCAGAGACUUCAGGUUUUCAAGGCAAGACAAGCGCAUUCCGAAGAUCCGGCCAUCUCUAGCGCCCGGGCGAGCAGAAACAUUGUUACGAGUGUGAAUGGGAAACGCCAAAUGCAAAUGAUGGCUGCGCGGCAUGUACAGGCGCUGAAGCAGGGAAUGGCGGUUCUGAUUGCGAUUCACGCGCUCAGAGAUGAAGCCGCCAGCUUUGCAAGGUCCCUAGUUCGCGCUGCCAAUUGCAACGAUUAUCCCGUUGCGUACUCCUCAUUCACUUCCCUCACUGAGUUCUUGAAGCUGUUGCACGAGAGGUUCGCUGAUGUCGCCCGUAGCGUUAAAGCCUCAGAUAGGCUGCAGACGAUCCACGCUCGUAAGUGGAAGAGCGCCAGGGCACUUAAGAGUACAAUGGACGAACUGAUAGCUGUCCCUGACCACGGGGUUACAGACACCCAGUUGGUUGGCCUCUUUUAUCGGGCUAUACCCGAAGCCCUUCGAGGGCAUUUCUUCGCAAAGAGCGAAGACCCUGCCACUACAUACGAUUCCCUUAGUCGCGAAGUAGUGGCUUUUGAAGCCAAGUCUGCGUCUGUGUCCACUUUCUGGCACAAGGACUUGGACAAGGGUAAGCAAAGGAAGGGUCGCACUAUCUCAGGGCAAGUAAAGACCAAGGACAGCCUUGUCCUGACCUUAGAUGAGGGUAGUGUGGAUGAGAUCCCCUACGUGCCUAUGGCAGAGGUUGCAGGCCGGUGUCUAGACAGCUGUCCUGAAACUGCUUGUGUUAGAGUUUCGCUAGACACCUCCCUCACAGGCGUGGCCGAAGAAUUGAAGGAGAGGAUGCCCGCCUGGGCCAAGAUGAAGAAGGAGAAUAAAGGGCAGCUUAUAUUGCCAGUGACUGAGUCUAUGGAAGAAAAGUCGGUGGAGCCUGCGAUUGCCAAGCUGCUGGAAGAGUUCAAGGAUCUAACCGAGCCGCCGAUAGGAGUAGUACCGCGGCCCAUCCAGCACCGCAUUGAGAUAGAGCCUGGCAGUAGAACUCCUAAGGGCGCCGUGUACAGGAUGUCCCCACGGGAGUUAGAGGAGCUUCGCAAGCAAUUAGACGAGCUCCUCGAGAAGGGUUGGAUUAGGCCCAGUUCGUCUCCUUUCGGAGCGCCUGUUCUCUUUGUUCCUAAGAAAGAGGGAGAGUUGAGAAUGUGCAUAGACUAUAGGGGUCUGAAUGCUAUUACGGUCUUGGAGAAGCUGAGGGAAACUAACUUCAAGAUCAAUACAAAGAAGUGCGAUUGGGCGAAGACCCAAGUUUUGUACCUAGGCCACGUCUUAGACGGAGACGGCGUUAGGCCAGAGGAUAGCAAGAUCGCAGCGAUUAGAGAUUGGCCCACGCCACGUACGCUGACCGAGUUGCGCUCGUUCUUGGGCUUAGCAAAUUACUACAAGAAGUUCGUGAGGAACUUCUCCACCAUCGCUGCGCCCCUUCGCAGAUUGCUGAGAAAGGAGACAAUCUGGAAGUGGGACAAGGACUGCACAUCUGCCAUGAAGAAGCUAAAGCAGGCAUUGAUAGAGUAUCCGGUCCUUAAAGUCGUCGAUUCGUCCUUGCCUUUUGUCGUCACGACCGAUGCAAGUCAAUACGGCAUAGGCGCAGUGCUGCAGCAAGACGAUGGCAAUGGGUAUAGACCCGUAGAGUUCAUGUCAGCCAGAAUGCCUUCAGAGAAGGUCGCGACAUCGACCUAUGAGAGGGAACUCUACGCUCUCAGGCAAGCCUUAGACCACUGGAAGCACUACUUGCUUGGGAGGCACUUCAAAGUCUAUUCUGACCAUGAAACGUUACGAUGGUUAAAGACGCAGGCCAAGAUGACACCUAAGCUUACUAGGUGGGCCGCCGAGAUAGAUCAGUACGACUUCGAGCUCAAGCCUGUCAAAGGGAAAUUCAACUUGAGCAGGUGGCUGGAGAUCGAGGAUGAUCUUCUCGGCCUUAGCUACAAUAAGGUUAAGCUCUCUAUUCUCGAUGGCAGCUUUUCUGCAAGAAUCAGCAAUAUUGCUAGCAAAGUCUUGAAUUUUGGCGUCAAGCUCCUGCGGUUUGCUUUGCGUGAUGUGGACAAGCGAAGCCCAAUCGCUGAAGGAGAGAUUGUGUGCUCAUAUGUGAGAUACAGCAACAGGAAGAAGGAGGAGAAGAAGAAGAAGGAGGAGAAGAAGGAGGGAGAAGAAGAAGGAGGAGGAGAAGAAGAAGGAGGAGAAGAAGGAGGAGAAGGAGGAGGAGAAGGAGGAGAAGAAGGAGAAGAAGAAGAAGAAGGGGAAGGGGAAGGAGAAGAAGGAGAAGGAGGAGGAGGAGAAGGAGAAGUAGAAGGAGAAGGAGAAGGAGGAGGAGGAGAAGAAGAAGACGAAGAAGAAGAAGAAGAAGAAGAAGAAGAAGAAGAAGAAGAAGAAGAAGAAGAAGAAGAAGAGGGAAGAAGAAGAGGAAGAAGAAGAAGAAGGAGGAGGAGGAGGAAGAAGAAGAGGAAGAAGGAGGAGGAAGAAGGAGGAGGAAGAAGAAGAAGAAGGAAGAAGGAGAAGGAAGAAGGAGGAGGAAGAAGGAGAAUGAAGAACGAGAAGGAAGAAGAAGAAGGAAGAAGGAAGAAGCAAAAGGAAGAAGAAGAAAGAAGAAGAAGAAGGAGGAAGAAGAAGAAGGAAAAAAAAGAAAGAAGAAGAAGAAAAAGGAGGAAGAUGAAGGAGAAAGAAGAAGAAGGAGGAAGAAGAAGGAGGAAGGAGAAGGAAGAAGAAGAAGGAAGAAGAAGGAAGAAGAAGAAGGAAGAAGAAGAAGAAGGAAGAAGGAGAAGGAAGAAGGAGAAGGAGAAGGAGAAGGAAGAAGAAGAAGGAAGAAGAAGAAAGAAGAAGAAGAAAGAAGAAGGAGGAAGAAGGAGAAGGAGGAAGGAGAAGGAAGAAGGAGAAGGAAGAAGAAGAAGGAAGAAGAAGAAGGAAGAAGAAGAAGAAGGAAGAAGGAGAAGGAAGAAGGAGAAGGAAGAAGGAAGAAGAAGAAGAAGAAGAAGAAGAAGUUAAGGUCAUAACAAACACAGUCCACGGAG